ACAUUGUGGAUGAAUUUAAACUCUGAUAGAAAUACAAACAAAACAUACAAUCAUUGUACGCCUGAAAAUAACAACACCAACCAACAAAAUAACUAAAUCAACGGCAGAAACAUCGAAAAUGCUAACGGACAUGACCCCGACGGCCGGUCAAUUAUAUGGCUCACAGAUUCCAGCCAUGGCAGGCAUGAACAUCACAAAUUUGGCUACACAUCUGCAGAAACCACAAGUUAAUCCGGAUCAUCCCAGCUUGCGCGGUACUCCACUGGCCAUGCUGGCUGCACAGUGCAACAAGCUAUCGAACAAAUCACCACCACCGCUUGCCGAUGCGGCUGUUGGCAAAGGGUUUCAUCCGUGGAAGAAGAGCCCAAAUUCACCUGCAGCGGGAAAUAGUGGCACAGCUGGUGGCGGAGGAGGAGGAGGUGGUGGUGGUGGAGGAGGAGGAGGAGGAGGAGGCAAUGUUGCCAGUGGCAGCGGUAGCAGCAGCGUCGGUCAACACUCACCGUGUGCCAUCUCAGCAGUCAGUUCGUCAAACUCAAGUGGCAGUGUAAGUGGGAAUGGAGGUGCUGGCAGCAGCCAGGCAUCGCGUAGCCUCUUAUCCAACACUAGCAGCAGUACCAUGGUGAACAUCACUGCUAGUCGCCCGCUCGCCUCGUCCUGCGCGGCCAUGAGCAGCUCGGCGUCCUCCUACGGCAGUGAUUUGUACUUUCCAAACACAUCCACAUCGACAGCAAGCAUGGUGGCGGACAAUCAUCACAUGCAUCAGGGAUUAUUAAGUAAGGUUGAAGGCGGCGCCUUUGGUUCUGUGUACUCCCGUCAUCCAUACGACUGGCCGUUCAAUGCUGUGACUGCAUCCGCGCAUAAGGCGGCUGAGGCAGCGAGUGUUAACUCGGGAUGGUGGGAUAUGCACAGCGCUGCCGCCGCUGGCAGCUGGUUGGACAUGGGCAGUGCUGCGGCUGCUGGUAUGCAUUCGACAAUGGCGAACUAUGCGAGUGCCGCGGCCGCUGGUACGGAUUACAGUUCGGCGCUAUCGCAUUCGCUUUCGAAUACGGCACAUUUGUUGGGCUCCGGACAGCACUUGCUACAGGACACCUAUAAGAGCAUGUUGCCGGGUCAGGGUGUCGGCGGAUUCUCUUUACCACAUAGUUCGCCAUCAGCGGCAGCCACAGCAGCUUCACCGCAGGCUUCAACACCAUCGACGCCGUCACCGCGAUCACAGCGACGUUAUGCGGGUCGUGCGACAUGCGAUUGCCCCAAUUGCCAGGAGGCAGAAAGAUUGGGACCAGCUGGGGUGCAUUUGCGUAAGAAAAACAUUCACUCCUGCCACAUACCUGGCUGUGGCAAGGUGUACGGCAAGACUUCGCAUCUAAAGGCACAUCUGCGUUGGCACACCGGCGAGCGUCCCUUUGUGUGCAACUGGUUGUUCUGCGGUAAGCGCUUCACGCGCUCCGACGAGCUGCAGCGGCAUCUGAGGACGCACACCGGCGAGAAACGCUUUGCUUGCCCCGUGUGCAACAAGCGUUUUAUGCGCAGCGACCAUCUGGCGAAGCACGUUAAGACGCACAACGGCACGGCGCCAAAUGGCAUUAAAAAGGGCUCCUCGGAGUCGUGCAGCGACUCUGAGGAGGCUGCCAAUCAGUCGGGUGAGUCUAACGGGCUGGGCGGCGCGUCCAGUGGCCAACAGACGGGCGCAGGUGGUGGCGGCGGGGGUGGCUCUGCCAGCUCCGGUUCCGGCGCUGGAAGCGCUGGCUCUGGUGCCGGCAAUAAUAGAGCUGGAAGCCAUCCCGGCACCCCAACUUCGCUGCACGCGCACAGCGCCUCAAGCACGCCCAGCAACAGCCUGCUGGGCGGCGGUCUGCACCUGGCCACGCCGCACCAGAUGGUCGCCGCGGGCGGCUCGCCGGUGAUGCUGCAUCAGCAGCAACAGCAGCAGCAACAGCACUCACAUCAGUCGUCUCAUCAGCAACAGCAACAGCAACAGCAACAAUUCUCCCAACAACAUUCGCAUUCGCAUCCACAUGCACAUUUACAUCACCAUCAUCAUCAUCAUAUGGUUGGCGCAUCGGCACGCAGUCCUGGCCUAGAUCAUCGAUUGGAUCACAGCGCUUUGGUGGAUAUUAAGCCACCAAUGGUUUGAGGUUCGCUGGGACCCUUUUUGUUCACCAAUUAAGCAAAAAUGGGUUCCUGGAUACAACUGGAAAUAAGAUUGCCCAAAAUUAUAUGUAAUGUACACGAUUACGGCGAUAAUGACGAUAUACCAAUUAAUCAUGUUGAAAUUUUGUUCAAUGUAAGUUUUUUUUUUCUGCCUAACGUCAUAAUACAAAUGUAUGUCAUUUUAUUCAUCAAGUCUUAAGGUAUUUGAUAAAAAGUAAGAACUAAUCAUUUUAAAUAUAAUUAAGCCCCUUACAAACGGCCGUGCGUAAGGUGCUUUAUUAAAUAUGUACAUUUACAUAGAAAUUGUACAUUGCAAAUGUAAGCAAAAA